AUGUGGGCGAUUACGAGACUGAUAAGCCGACGAAUCCAGGGUACAAGUGAUGUAGCUGUUCCAAAACUCUCAGGAUUUUCUAUUUUAUCUCCUAAAAACGUUGAGGUAGAGUAUGCAAAUGGCACCAAGUUCAAUUUUUCAUCAGAGUUUCUGAGAGUUCAUAGUCCAGCAGCUGAUGGCAAAGUCAGAUCAAUAGGUGGUGAAAAGGUGAUAUCUGGAAGGCGGUAUGUAGGAAUCAUGUCUGCAGAACCGGUUGGAAACUACGGGGUAAGGUUAGUGUUUGAUGACUUGCAUAGAACAGGGAUAUAUCCAUGGGAUUAUUUCUACGAGCUUGGGAGCAAUAAGUUUGGUCUCAUGAGAAACUAUAUCAAGACUCUUCGAAAGCAUAAUCUCAGCCGUGAACCUCCUCCGAGAAGGAGAUGA